ACACAAACUACUGCAGGGAAAUCUCACCAUUGUGGGAGGGGCAGAGACACAAACUACUGCAGGAAAUCUCACCCAUUGUGGGAGGGGCAGAGUUACAAACUACUGAGAGGAAAUCUCGCCAUUGUGGGAGGGGCAGAGACACAAACUACUGCAGGAAAUCUCACCAUUGUGGGAGGGGCAGAGACACAAACUACUUCAGGGAAAUCCACCAUUGUGGGAGGGGCAGAGACACAAACUACUGCAGGGAAAUCUCACCAUUGUGGGAGGGGCAGAGACGCACAAACUACUGCAGGGAAAUCUCACCAUUGUGGGAGGGGCAGAGACGCAAACUACUGCAGGGAA